AUGACCCCAAUGAUGUCUGGAGACAAAGGAAUUUCUGCCUUCCCAGGGUCUGACAAUCUCUUCAAAUGGAUUGGGACCAUCCAUGGGGCUGCUGGGACAGUUAUAAAAGACCUGUGGUACAAGCUCUCCCUGGAGUUCCCCAGUAGCUACCCAUAUAAUGCUCCCACUGUGAAACUUGUCAUACCUUGUUACCAUCCUAAUGUGGAUACCCAAGGCAAUAUCUGUUAUGACAUCCUCAAGGACAGGUUUUCAGCUCCGUAUGAUGUCAGGACCAUUCUAGUAUCUAUCCAGAGCCUGCUAGGAGAACCCAACAUUGACAGCCCAUUGAACACACAUGCUGCUGAACUUUGGACAAACCCCACACCCUUUAAAAAGUAGCUGCUGGAAACCUACAUGAAGCAGGUGACUAGUCAGGAGCCCUGACCCCAGAUGCCUAGAUGCCCUUCAUCUUGUUCGUAUGUGUAUGUGUAUGCGUGCAUCUUUUCCCCUUCCUUAUAACCUGUCUUCUCUCUUCUGUACAGGAAUGUACCAUACUGUUUUCCUUUUUUCUUAAACUCUA